AUGACGCUUUGGUAAAAAUAUGUGUCAAACUAAUGCCUAGAAACUUAUACAAACUGUUUCAAAUAUGGAAAAAGGAGGCACUCCGAAAAAAGACGAAAGUAUUUCUGAUAUUCUUGCUGCUGCUGAUAGAAAAACACAACAAAAUGGAUACGCGGAAAGUAGCAAAAAUACCCACGAAACUGGCGAUAGUGCCAGAAAUACACAAGAAGACAAUAGAUACAGUCGGGAGACUGAUUUGGUGAAUGGUUCAAUAAGACAUAACACGGAUAGGGAAAACUUGCCAGUAACUGAUGAAGUGAAACUACAAUCAGAACAAGAUACAACAUUAAGCUCAGGUACAGAUAAAAGGAAACCUUCAAUAUCACAAUCUGAUGGCGAUACAAUGAAUGUUAAUGAAGUAUAUGAGGGUCAGCUGGACCUUUCAAAUCCAGACAGUGUUAUACAUAUGCUUGAAAACUGUGAUCUGACAGAAGAAGAUACUGAAAAUCUUUUGCAAGAAGCUUAUAGUAUGAACAGAAAAUUGAAAGAAAUGUUGAGACGACAGGACGCAGAUCAAUCAGCUUCUGGGAAAACCAAAUCCCAAAAACCAAAACCCAAAAAUAAACCUAGCCAGGGUAGUUCAGCAGCUUCGUCGUCAUCUGGUUCUAGGGUUGGCUCCUCAUUUGGGUCAAGGAAAAUUCUGCCUCCAAUACCAGGAGAAACCAGUGUGUAUACAAUGAAGUUAAGAAGAUCCCAAACCCAAGUUCCUGACAGACAAAUGGUUCAUGAUGUGGCUCCAAGAUCAAGAUCAUCAAAGCCACCAAAAAAGGAGAUGGGGUCACCUACAAGGCGGAGGAAGGCAACGGAGCCAAAGGCCGAGUGGAAUGACCGCUUUAAUUACUCAUAGACCAAUCAAAUGCUUAAAUAAGGAACACCUUUUAAAUCAAGUUUGCGUCUGUUUUAAAUUUUGGUACUCUUGCUUUUGUUAUAUUUUUUAUUGCAGAACCAAAAGCACUUGUUUGUAAGAGAUUUGCUACUGAAAAAAUUUGAUAUUUAUUAUGUGUGCUAUAUCAUAUUAAAAUAUUCUUAGUAUUCUAUGAUAAUGUUGUAAGAUAAUUUAGAAAACAGUCAUUAGUUUUUUGUGCAAGGCUGUGAUAUGAUACUUAUACUAAGAUUUGACACAAGUAAAUAUUGUUUAUGUUCAUUAUAUUGUACAUAUGCUAUACUAUUGUUUGCAAAUAACUUAGUGAAACAUGCUCGGCAAUUACCAUGUUCACAAUGCCAUUUUGCACUGAAUAGUCAAUUUGUACCGCCUAAAAGGCGGCUUCAGGCAGUCAGUUUUCAGGCAGAGUAAAUUCCAUGUGAUAUGUAACAGAAUACACUAAAUUGCUGAAGGCGGUAGUCAAUGUUUCUUGGAUGUGUGAAGUCCAUGUAAAGAUAAUAGAUGUGCACUCGUUUCAAAAUUCACUAGGUAGUUUUGAGCGAAGCAAAAGCCACUAUCAUAUAAUGCAGAACCUUAAAUUGCUAAGUUCAUUUGCAACAGUAGUAAAAUGAUAGAUGCCUCUGCCUUUCUUUGAUAUUCAUGAGGCAGAUCUGAUCUCAGUGUCUUGAGAUAUCUUUCAAAUGAAGGUGCAGUAUUCAUUUUACAAUUCAUCUCUUUGCUAUGUAGGAACAUGUACAUAUGUUAGGUCCUGGCAUCAAUUUCAAGCUGUGCUCCAGCUAGGCCUAAAUAGCACGGGGGAGUGCCCUGCUGCUCUUUUCUGGCGCCCUGCUGCCUCUUUACUAUGCCCUGCUGUGCUCUUUUGUUUGACAGAGCUGCCUUUGAUGAUUAUGAACAAUAUUUGACAUUUAUUGGACUUAUUGUUGAGUCAAUAUUCAGAAAUAGGUAUAAAAAUAAUAAAUAUACAUAUUUUAGACACUUGAGCUAAGGUAUCCAUAACAAACUAUUAGUAUUGAACGUAGUUACAACACAUACACAAUAUGAAUUGAGCUUUAAAAUUUCUGACUUAGCACCCUGUCUUUUUUAGGUCCUGGCUGGAGCACUGUCACCCAUACAUGUUUAUCAUAAUAAAACAAACCAUUGUAUGUAUUGUGCCAUUUAUCAGUUCACUACGAAACAUCAUUGGAAUAAUUUAGGAAUGUGCUAACUGUUUCGUGCUUUGUUAAACUUUAUAUUCUAUUGAACUUUCACUUUUAUUAAUUUUAGUACAACAAAAUAUUAAUUUUAGUAUACAACAAAAUGAAAUGGUAGUUUUACUAAUGAAAGAAAGUGUCAAUGUGUACUUCAUUGUAAAAAUAUAUAUUCAAAAACUGCAAGUAUACUUUGGUAUAAUGUUGCAUAAAUAACUACAAAUCUAUGAGUCAGUAUUGUUUAGUUCAAGUGUUACAUUGCAAAACAAUUGUAUUAUUGAGUUAAUAGGUCAGUAUUAGAUUCAAAGUAUUCCAUCUUAUUGAAAUAUGAUAGUGUUGUAAACUUGGGUUUGUUUUAGGUUUUUGUUGGAUGUAUUAUGUUGGAACAAUGAAGUCAUUUAUAUUAACUGCUAAAGUAAUACUGAAUUUGCAGCUAUUGCCUGGCAACAAAUACUUGUUUCUUUAAGAAUAUUGUAUAAUUAUCAGAUGUAUUCUGACAUUGUGUUCAUUCAUCUAAAUUUCAUUAAAGUUUACAAGUUCA